AUGGAGGAAAAAAAAGGAGAAGAGGAUGAUGGUGAAGGUAAAGCGGAUGUUUUGAUUGAAUUUUUAGAAGUUGCAUUUCAUUCGAUAUUAUAUUUGAGAAACGUUUAUCCUAAAUCGAUUUUUUACAUGAGGAAAAAAUAUCAAGUUCCGGUUUUUUUAUCCCGUCAACCGGAAGUUAACGAUUACAUUAACGAAUCGUUAAAAACGGCAAAAUUUUUAAUUAAAGAAAACGGAAUGAAAUCAAUAUUUUUAACGAUAGUGAACGGAGAAGAGGAAAUCGUGGAAAGCCAUUGUUUCGAUAUAGACGAAUCGAAAGGAAACGGAAGGAAAAUGGAUUUUUAUUACGUGAGAUUAGAAGAAAAUUUUAGAGAAUGUUUAUUAAAAUUAUCCGUGAUAGGAGAAGAAAAAGAAGAAGAAAAACUGAAAAAAUCAAACGAGGAUAAAAGUUUUAGAAUUUUAAUUAAGACAAAAGAAAAUUCAUCGAUAAAAUUAAAUGAAAAUCCAGAACUUAAUCAUUUUCCUUGGAUAGAAAAAGAAGAAAAACGGGAAAAUUUCAUAGAGGAAGAAAAAUUUAAACGAAUAUUUCCGAUUAAAACUAUUGACACAAAUAAAGUUUAUGCGUACAUAUCGAUUUGGGAAUUUAAAGAUUGA